AUGGACGUUAACUUGCUGGUAAUGUGCGUUUUGUUAGUCGGACCAGUUUUCGGGCGAAAAAGUUUUGGCAAUGAUAAUCACUACCAAGUUGUGGGCGUAGAUUGUGAGGAAAAUGAGGCAGUCAGUUGCAUGAUGAUUAAUUGCCAGAACGGUGCUUUUUGUCCAGCGGAGAAUUUUUGUUUUAAUCCAAAGUGCGUCUGCCGCAAAGGAUUUCGCCGUCGUCACGGUGUCUGUGUGCCGAAGCACGAUUCUUUGCAUCUGAACAAAGCUACUUUGGAGACGGCUCUGCUGAGAAUUCCCUACUCACACUUUUGAUCG